ACCUUGUGUUAUUGACACAAAUUCCAAACAAAAAAGAAAAUUGAGUUCAAAAUAAAAACGAAUCAACGGGUUUGGCUGGAGAAACAUUCUCAAUCAAAGACUCUAACUACUCCAAAUGUCUGAAAAUCCAUUGCAGCUUCUGUUCAAAACAUACGAGAAAGUAUCAAACUCUAUCCAAAGCCAGCUUGCUCAUUUCAUAUCUGUCCCAAAACCUCCUUCAUCUCAUAAUGAUGACCACUCCUUCUCUUUGGGGCUCUCUUCAUCUUCUUCCAACAAUCUACCUCCUUCAAAAUCUCCAACUUCUCAACAUUCUGAAUUGCCCAAGCAGGAGAAAAAUGCUGGCCCAGUGACUAAAGAAGAUCUUGGAAGAGCUACUUGGACUUUUCUUCACACUCUUGGAGCUCAGUAUCCAGACAAGCCAACCAGACAACAAAAGAGGGAUGUGAAAGAACUGAUGGCAAUAUUAUCUCGCAUGUACCCUUGCAAAGAAUGUGCAGAUCACUUCAAAGAAGUUCUAAGCCUGUUCCAGAUUGCAUUGGACAAAGACUCCUCCAUAGCUCAGAACAGAAGUGGCAAUAAUUGGGAUGUUCAUCUCAGAAGAGCAGUGCAAGAUUGGGAAGUGGACAACUUGAUAGAAUUGCUUGCCAGAGUGGAAAGGUUCAACAUGAAUGCAAGUACACCGGACACCAUUUGUUGGGGGAGUAAGGGCACUUUCUCGGUGAAAGAAUGUUACAGGCAGCUAUGUUCUCAAAACCAAGUGAUCGAUGCAUGGCCAUGGAAAUUAAUAUGGAAAACUAAGCUGCCUAUUAAAGUAAUUUGCUUUGACUCGAUUGUUCUCCAUGAAGCUUGCUUGACACAAGACAAUCUCAACAGGAGAGGCCUUCAGCUGGUCAAUAGAUGUUAUAUGCGCAGGGAGAAUGUGGAAACAGUCAGCCAUCUGUUUUUGCAUUGCCCAGUGGCCACUGACCUUUGGAACAUGUUUUAUUGUAUUUUUGGCCUCAAAUGGGUUAUGCCACAAAACAUAAAACAGGCACACCUGAGCUGGAGUCGAUGGAGAGUUGAUAAGACCAUCAAGAAGAUCUGGUUGAUGGUCCCUGCAGUUAUUUUUUUGGUGUUUGUGGAAUGAGAGGAAUAGUAGAUGCUUUGAUGGGAUCUCAACUCCAAAUCACUCUCUCAAAGCUAGAUGCCUACUCAAUCUUUUUUGUUGGACUAAGUUAGCUACUGUAACUAGUUCUGCUCAUCUUCUAGACUUUGUUAGCUCCCUUGUCUUAGAUUGACAUACUGUAAAGGGACUAGUUUUUCUUUCAUUUUUGCACCUCAACUUUUGUAACUAUGCAUCUUCUUGAUGCUUUUGUUAAUAUAACAUCUUACUUCAUCAAAAAACAGAGAAAACAACACCUUCUUAGUCCUUCCCCAUACCCCCCCCCCCUCUCCCCCAUUCCUCACCGUGAAGGAGUUUCAAAUCACCAAUAAUAACUUACCUUGGUUAGUAGGAUCAUUUUUGAAGUACCAAAUGUUCACUUGAGAGCCAAGAACCUAAUCCCUUUCUCAAAGUGCAAAUCUGUACCGAAAUAGCUAUAUUUAUGGUGCUGGGGUUCCAUGCUCUGGCCAUGCGGCACAUAGUCGUCGCAUGGACUGUGAUUGCAUGGCCACCCUUUGGUAAAACAGCCAUAUCUUUUCGUACUGAUCUACAACUGACGAACGGUUUGAAGUGUUGGAAAUGCUUCAAGAGCUACAACUUUCGUCAAGGAACCUUGGUGAAAUUCCUUAUAUAUCAAGAGAUAUAUAUUUUUGAAGUUGGAUAAUUGUUUUCACUAAA